GUGGCCCCGCCCACUUUAGCAUGUGCAGUGCGGCAGCAGAGCAGCGGUGGUAGCAGUAGGGCCCUCCCUCUGUCUCUGCAGAUAAAUUUUCGCAGUCUGCUGUCCCAGGCAUGGAUGUCGGUUGCAGUGAGACAUGGCAMUGCGACAUUAUACUCUCGACUUUAGUCUUUCUACAGCAGUUGACUCUGCCGCUAUAGUUCCUGGUCUGCUGUCCAUAUUUCAUGAGCAGGAACUGGCAGAAACUAUUCAUGACACAAACGGGCAUGGAUACCUCGCUACAUUUGUAGGCAAAAAUGGCCGGCUUGUUAUUUUGCGUGUGCACUCCCAUGGGUUGGUCACCGUCGACCUGCAGUGUUAUGAUGACGAUAACAUCUCACAGCUUGACAAUCUUUUAAAUGCACUGGAAAAGAAGCUGAAAGUUCUCUUAAAUGGCAAUAUCACAAGGAUUAAAAAGCUCCCGGCUUUGGUGCGAGGAGCGAAAGUUGACCGAUACUGGCCCACGGCCGAUGGAAGGUUGAUGGAGUAUGACAUCGACGAGGUGGUGUACGAAGAAGAAUCGGCGUACCAAAACAUACAAAUAUUGCACUCAAAGCAGUACGGAAAUGUCCUCGUGCUCGAUGGAGAUGUUAACUUGGCAGAGAGUGACAUCGCCUACACCCGAGCCAUCACAGGUAGUGGAAAAGAGAAUUAUGCAGGAAAAGAAGUGCUGAUCUUAGGAGGAGGUGAUGGAGGCAUCCUCGCUGAGUUGGUCAAACAGAAGCCAAAGAUGGUUAUCAUGGUGGAGAUUGAUCAGAAGGUGAUAGAUGGGUGCAAGAUGCACAUGAGGAAAACUUGCGGCAAUACUCUGGACACCCUGAGGGGAGACUGUUACCAAAUUCUAAUUGAGGACUGUGUCCCCUUGCUGAAGAAGUACGUCCAGGAAGGAAGGACAUUCGAUUACGUUAUUAAUGACCUCACUGCAAUCCCAAUAUCCACUGCACCAGAAGAAGACUCUACGUGGGAGUUUCUGCGUCUCAUUUUAGAUCUGUCAAUACGUGUCCUGCAUCCCAAGGGAAAGUAUUUCACACAGGGUAACAGUGUAAAUCUGACCGAGGCACUGAGUCUGUAUGAAGAACAGCUGGGGAAACUCUCAUGUCCUGUGGACUUCCACAAAGAGGUGGUGUGUGUACCCUCCUACUUGGAGCAAUGGGUUUUCUAUACUGCAUGGAAAAAGUAAAGGCCUCAGUCGUACUCUGAAGUUCACAGCAGCUGGAAUGUGAAUGUGUCGAUGCUUCCCUGUCGUUUGUCCACAAAGCCUUGCUGGUGUUCUCAGACUGAAGAGACUUAUUAAAAAUCCUGGCUACAUUUGUCACAUUAUAAUCUUAAAAGAUUUUAGUACGGUAGUUCAAAACUGGCACUAAGCUGCAUAUAAGUAACCACWUGUGAAUAGAUGGAAGUUCCAGAAAAAAAAAACAGGCCAUCAUUUGCAUUUCCGAUAAAAGCAAAUAGAGGCAGCAGUGUAUUAUUUAUCCUUUGAAAAACUUUUUAUUUAGACAUCAGUUGAGCAGAUGGACCUGGAAACAUUUAAUAUACAAAAAAAGUGAUUAUUUGUGGCUUAAGCCUCCUCUAAAUGUUUUAGCAGCCAGAUCUCAUUUCAGUCACCUGUUUUUCCAUCUGACCACCCAGAAGAUCAGUUAAUGUGAGGUGGUGAUUAAAAUAAAUCAAUAUUUUCUUUAGUCACCAGCGAAAACAGCUUCCUUCAAACAUGUUGGUGUCACUUGAGUUCAGUCUGAUUUCACCCUGAAGAGGCACAGUGACAGUUUUCCCUCAACCUUCCCCUUCCUGAAAUGUUUUAGUUUUUWAAUUUUUUUUAAUGCAACUUCUUGGUUUAUAUUUUUGUAUAUCUUUAGAUUUAACCUGUUUGCAUGUGCUCUGAAGGAACUGUUAAAUGUUUGAACACUGAUUUGAUACACUGAUUAUAUGGUUWAACCUUUAAAGACUGAGUUUUUGAGCUCACUCGUGCGUGAGCUGCUUUUAGACUGAUUUUUUUGUUAAAUGUGACCUGAAUAUUUUACGUUGUGUUAAGGCGGCGUGAUCAUGCCCGGUGGAAGUCUAAGGUGUGUUUUAAAAGGGAAACAUUUCCUCCCUGUUAAUACCACAUUUGUGCUCGUGCUGUUUUUAUGUAAUGUUUUUAUUAUUAGCACCUUUUUGAUUUCUCCUGAUAUAUUGAUUAUAUUUGGAGCAUGUUGAGGACGGUGAAUGUAGUUUGCAUAUAUACAGUACACGGCACACGUGGUGGACCCUGAGUGACCUUUAUUUAUUCAUUAUAAGUUCACCAAAUAUUGUUCUGUCCUACUUGAGGUAGUCUGUGACCAUCUGCAAUUAAAAGGUGUUUUGGAGGAAAA